CUCUACUCUCACGGAAAGGUGGCGGUUUGUGUCCCGGGGGCAGCCGUGCCGAGAAUGAACCCCAGCACCCCCAGCUACCCAACGGCCUCGCUCUACGUGGGGGACCUGCACCCCGACGUGACCGAGGCCAUGCUCUAUGAGAAGUUCAGCCGGGCGGGGCCCAUCCUCUCCAUCCGGGUCUGUAGGGACGUUAUCACCCGCCGCUCCUCCAGCUACGCGUAUGUGAACUUCCAGCACCCGAAGGACGCGGAGCGUGCUCUGGAUACCAUGAAUUUUGAUGUGAUAAAGGGCAAGCCAGUACGCAUCAUGUGGUCUCAGCGUGAUCCAUCACUUCGCAGAAGUGGAGUGGGCAACAUAUUCGUUAAAAAUCUGGAUAAAUCCAUUAAUAAUAAAGUACUGUAUGAUACAGCUUCUGCUUUUGGUAACAUCCUUUCAUGUAAGGUGGUGUGUGAUGAAAAUGGUUCCAAGGGUUAUGGAUUUGUACACUUUGAGACACACGAAGCGGCUGAAAGAGCUAUUGAAAAAAUGAAUGGAAUGCUCCUAAAUGAUCGCAAAGUAUUUGUUGGACGAUUUAAGUCUCGUAAAGAACGAGAAGCUGAACUUGGAGCUAGGGCAAAAGAGUUCCCCAAUGUUUACAUCAAGAAUUUUGGAGAAGACAUGGACGAUGAGCGCCUUAAGGAUCUCUUUGGCAAGUUCGGGCCCGCCUUAAGUGUGAAAGUAAUGACUGAUGAAAGUGGAAAAUCCAAAGGAUUUGGAUUUGUGAGCUUUGAAAGACAUGAAGAUGCACAGAAAGCUGUAGAUGAGAUGAAUGGAAAGGAGCUCAAUGGAAAACAAAUUUACGUUGGUCGAGCUCAGAAAAAAGUGGAACGGCAGACGGAACUGAAGCGCAAAUUUGAACAGAUGAAGCAAGAUAGGAUCACCAGAUACCAGGUUGUUAAUCUUUAUGUGAAAAAUCUUGAUGAUGAUAUUGAUGAUGAACGUCUCCGGAAAGCAUUUUCUCCAUUUGGUACAAUCACUAGUGCAAAGGUUAUGAUGGAAGGUGGUCGCAGCAAAGGGUUUGGUUUCGUUUGUUUCUCCUCCCCAGAAGAAGCCACUAAAGCAGUUACAGAAAUGAACGGUAGAAUUGUGGCCACAAAGCCAUUGUAUGUAGCUUUAGCUCAGCGCAAAGAAGAGCGCCAGGCGCACCUCACUAACGAGUAUAUGCAGAGAAUGGCAAGUGUACGGGCUGUGCCCAACCCUGUAAUCAACCCCUACCAGCCAGCACCUCCUUCAGGUUACUUCAUGGCAGCUGUCCCACAGACUCAGAACCGUGCUGCAUACUAUCCUCCUAGCCAAAUUGCUCAACUAAGACCAAGUCCUUGCUGGACUGCUCAGGGUGCCAGACCUCAUCCAUUCCAAAAUAAGCCCAGUGCUAUCCGCCCAGCUGCUCCUAGAGUACCAUUUAGUACUAUGAGACCAACUUCCUCACAGGUUCCACGAGUCAUGUCAACGCAGCGUGUUGCUAACACAUCAACACAGACAGUGGGUCCACGUCCUGCAGCUGCUGCUGCUGCUGCUACCCCUGCUGUGCGCACAGUUCCACGGUAUAAAUAUGCUGCGGGAGUUCGCAAUCCUCAGCAACAUCUUAAUGCACAGCCACAAGUUACAAUGCAACAGCCUGCUGUUCAUGUACAGGGUCAGGAAACUUUGACUGCUUCCAUGUUGGCAUCUGCCCCUCCUCAAGAGCAGAAGCAAAUGUUGGGUGAACGGCUCUUUCGUCCUAUUCAAGCCAUGCACCCUACUCUUGCUGGUAAAAUCACUGGCAUGUUGUUGGAGAUUGAUAAUUCAGAACUUCUUCAUAUGCUCGAGUCUUCACAGUCACUUCGUUCUAAGGUUGAUGAAGCUGUAGCUGUACUACAAGCCCACCAAGUUAAAGAGGCUACCCAGAAAGCAGUUAACAGUGCCACCGGUGUUCCAACUGUUUAAAAUUGAUCAGAGACCACGAAAAGAACCUUGUGCUUCACUGAAGAAAAAUAUCUAAACAUCGAGAAACUUAAAUACUAUGAGAAAAAAAAUUGCAAAUCUAAAAUAAAUAAAAAGUGGAAAGGAAACUUUGAACCUUAUGUACCGUGCAAAUGCCAGGUCUAGCAAAUAUGAUGCUAGUGCUAUAUUACUUACUGAUUUAAAAACAAAAAAGAUUACUUAAUUGAUUUAAAAACAAAAAAAUAGUAAAAUAUAAAAACAAGUUAAUGUUUUGUAGACCCUGGGGAAAAGAAUUUUCAGCAAAGUACAAAAAUUUAAAGCAUUCCUUUCUUUAAUUUUUUAAUUCUUUACUGUGGAAUAGCUCAAAAUGUCAGUUCUGUUUUAAGUAACAGAAUUGAUAACUGAGCAAGGAAACAUAGUUUGGAUUAUAAAAUUCUUGCUUUAAUAAAAAUUUCUUAAACAGUAAAAAAAAAGAAAAAUAAUUAAUUUACUAAUAGUCUUUCUUUACAUUUUCUAUUACUGUAUCUCCCACUAUAUUUCAAAUAUGAAAAUCACCUUUUCACCAGAAUUUUAGGUCUUUACAUAUAGUGUUUAUUUUUAAUAUUCAUAAGUGAAAAUAUGCAAUGACAAAAUAGUAAUUAUAAAUUCAGUAACAUUUGUUCAAAAUGGUAAGACUUAUUUAUUUAUAUUGCACUAUUUUUAAGUCAAAAAUAAACACAUAGUUUUAAAAAUCUAAUUGAACAGGAGGCUAAACUUGGUUCUGAUCACAGAGAUAAUCAUUUGGUUUUAGUGUUUCUGGUAGUUGAUUUUCUUCAAUAAUAAUUGUACAUAGUUAUUUCUUGGUUUAUCAAUUUUGUAAUUUAUUGACUUCCUGCUGUAACAAAUAGAGAUAUGUUUCAUCUACCCCUUCCCACCAUCCUCCUCCUACUCCCAAUGUAAUUUAUCACUACUUGUAGUUUCUUUAUUGGUAAUAUUAAUUAAUAUAAAUAUUUAUAAUUAAUGUUACACCUAGUGAAUUGUAUAAAAGGACAGCCCAUUUGAGCAUUCUCCUUUAAGAUGAGGCUGUGACAUUGCACUACAUAGAAAUAUAAUUAUAACUAUACCAUAUUACUUUGCAAUAAACUAUAUAGAGA